CCGGGGCUGAGAGCUCACUCAGCCUUAACCCUUCCAGCGCCGCGGGGUUCCCCGGCGCCGGAGGAAGAGCGCGGCGGGCGACGGCCGAGAUGCCCAGAGCGACCCCGCACAGGCCAUCUCUGCUGAUCCCCGCGACUCCGCACGCUUCGCCCGGGACCCCAGCGCCCAGGCAGCUCGGCACCCCAACUCGAGGUCACGGGAGAGCUCCCGAGGUGGCUUCGGCGGUGAGCAACAGCCGCCUCCCGCAGCCUCAGCGCGCCCCGGGCUCCUCCUCCCGCCCCAGCGUGGCCAACUGAGCACCGCUCGGGCCGCAGGUAGCCGGGCCGCGGGAGGUGGCGCGCGCGGGACCCAUCGCAGCGCCCAGCUCCGAUCCUCGCGGUCCCGGACGCCGGCGGAGAUCUCUGCACCGGCCAUGUGGGGCCCGGGGGUCACGGCCGAGGGCCUGUCGAUGGCUCCAGCGCCACCGCCACUGCUACCGCUGCUACUGCUGCUCGCGCUGGCGCUAGUGGCGCCCUCGCGGGGCAGCGGGGGCUGCGCGGAGCUGGCAUGUGGCGAGCGGGAGCGCUGCUGCGACUCGGCCAACGCCACGGCCGUGCGCUGCUGCAAGCUGCCGCUCCACGCCUUCCUGGACAACGUGGGCUGGUUCGUCCGCAAGCUUUCUGGGCUGCUCAUCCUGCUGGUGCUUUUCGCCAUCGGCUACUUCCUGCAGCGCAUCAUCUGUCCCAGCCCACGCAGGUACCCGCGUGGCCAGGCGCGUCCUGGGCAGGCACGACCCGGGCCUGCCGGGGGAUCCGGGCCGCCGGGGACCGCGGGGCCACACGACGACGACGACUCGCCUGCUCUAUUGCGCGAUGAAGUGGCCGCGGGCUCGCAGGACUCACUGCUGGACAGUGGCGGCGGCCGGGGCCGAGGAGGUGGGGGACGCCUGCCUCCUGCCUGCGUUUCCGAGCACGAGCUGCGAGUGGUGUCGCCGGUCUUCCUUCAGCUGCCCAGCUACGAGGAGGUCAAAUACCUGCCCACCUAUGAGGAGUCCAUGAGGCUGCAGCAGCUCAACCCUGCGGAGGUCGUUUUGCCUGUGUCGGUUCUCGGGCAUCCGCGAGGCGGUAGUGCCGGCGACCCCGACGGCGACCAGGGCCGCUUCCCGCUCAUCUGAACGCCCGAGCCUCACAGGGAUCAACGGGAUCGUACAAGGCUGGGAGCUGCGUCUAGCAGCUCCUCCUGGACACCCGUCCCCGCCCUCUGCCAAUGCCUCCCCUUGUGUUCACUGUAAGUGCCUGCUUCUCCAAUCCAAAAGAACACGUUAACCUUUGGUGUGUCUGUAGACCCGCGGCUUGCUUUAUGUCCGAAAAGGAAGGAGCGCAGGUCCAUUCCUUGCCUUCCUGCUUGGACGGGUCCCAGUCUCCCCGGACUGGAAAGUGAGGUCUUUGGCUCUGGGCCACGACCAGUGACUGCUGCAUGAGGUUUGUGGAGGCAGCGCUUGUCUGUGAUGGGAUCCCUUUCUUGAGAAAGACCCCAGAAAACCCUUUGGUGUCUUCCUAGCCAAUCAAAUAGUCACUGCUGAUGGCUCACAGUUAAGUGGGGGGAGGGAUAUCAUCAUGGAUAAAAGGUUUAGUUGCAGCAAGAUGUAGCAACUAAUUAAUCCAGACCGGAUUUGUAAUCUGGUACCGAUGAACUUUUGGGUUUUGUCAGUAAGGUGUUUGUCUUUUAUUUUUAUGUUUUAUCAUGCCCUGAACACAUCGGGAAGGUAGUUCAACAAAUUGGCAGGGUAAUCACCGUUCUGUUUUAGACCCGUUAACCAUCAAGAAGUCACCCACAAUCUGCCAUUGCUUAAUACGGUGUUGGACAUAAUUCCAUUAAAGGUGUGGGGGAUGGUCAAACAGGAAAUGUGACAUAAAGCAUGAAGGAUAUCUUAUUUUCACUAUUUGAGAAUAUAGUUUAUUUUUAGUACCGAAGCAUAAUACAUAACUUUUAUAAUAACUGUGUACAUUGUGUAGUCUGGGUCUUAACUGUAUCAUGGAAUUCUGUGUAAAAAGGCCAUUGGUACAUGUAUGACACACCGUGGAGCAAGAUGGCUUGCCAGUAUGUCCUUCUUUAUGUUUUACUUCUGCAACGUGAUUCCAAACAUAAAAAACAGAAUUGUAACUUUUAUUUAGACCUGUAACUUUGCAGUAAUGUGCAAAGAAGGAUUUGUCCAACCUAUCUUUAUUAAAAAUUAAGCAGUAUCAUUUUACUAGUUCUGGGACAUCCCCUUUAAGUAACAAGACACAUUUUAAUGCAUCAUAUAGUGGAAUCAUCAGUGUACAACGUAUACAUUGUAUGCCACGUAGCUAUCACAGCAUACCGCUAGCAUGAGUGGAAGGGGUGGAAAGGAAUGCCAGUCACUUUCCCUGGAGAAGUAUGAACAGCACCAAUUGUCAAGAGAGAUUAUUCACUGGGUCUAUGAAGAAGCUGAGCAGGCCUAGAAAAUCUUCAAGUGUCUGAUUUGUAUUUUUUAAAAAAAAAAGAUUUGAUUACUUUUAACUUUUAAAGACUGAUUGAAAAUGUCUGAUGUCCUGGGAAAUAUUUUUAAUGUAUGAAUUAUAAUAAAUGGUGGUUUGCUUUAAACUUCUCAAAGCUAAUGACCCUAUCAUUGAAGAAAAC